CGGUGGCUGUGUGACCUCAGGGGAAGCCGAGAGUCAGACGAGUGACGCCGUACGGACGCCGGUGCUGGAACGCAGAGUCGUGAUCGGAAUGGUCUAGGAGUGCGUUAAGUGCGUGGUUUUGCUAGUGCAUUGAAGCGGUUGUAGUGGUGAAUUGCCUGUUGAUGCCCGAGUAGUGCAGAGCCGUGAGGGAUUGGUAGUCAGUCUGGUGAGGUGAUUCGGAAGACGGUGUGUUGAGGGAGACAGACGAGCGCAAGACUUGCCGGGCUUACGGGUUAUAGCUGUGCAAGUGUUGGAUAUCUCGAAAAGCUGAACGGCUUUUCUGGAUGCUGCUUUUCGGAAGUUUUCUCAAGGUGGACUCGUCUACGCGGUGACGUCAUGAAGAGCCCUGACGACCGCCUGCGAGCGCCGCCGUGCCCCUGAUGACGUCACCGGUGUCCGUGAUGACGUCACGGCCCAGCCGCUGACUGGCGUCGGACAAGAUGCCCGGCGGCCGCCGGGGUCUGGUCGCGCCCCAGAACACCUUCUUGGAGAACAUCAUCCGCAGGUCCUCGUCACAGCCGGACAGCAGUUUUUUGCUCGCCAAUGCUCAGAUCGUCGAUUUUCCAAUCGUCUACUGCAACGAGACGUUUUGCAAGAUGUCUGGCUUCAAUAGAGCAGAGGUGAUGCAGAAAUCGUGCCGGUGCAGCUUCAUGUACGGCGACCUAACCGACAAGGAGACCAUCACGCGGCUGGAACAGAGCCUCGAGCAGCAAACUCUCGACCAGAUCGAGAUACUCAUCUACAAGAAAAACAGGACGCCGCUAUGGCUGUUGCUGCACCUGGCCCCGAUCCGGAACGAGAAGGAGGUGGUUGUGUUGUUCCUUCUCACCCUGCGAGACAUCACGGCGCUCAAACAGCCCAUCGAGGUGGACGACACCCGGGGUCUGUCCAAGUUCGCCAAGCUGGCCCGCUCGGUGACCCGGUCUCGGACCGUGCUGGCCUCCCAGUUCGCCUCCAACAUGACCGGGAUCAAGGAGAACGGCAAACAGUCCAACAUCGGACACAUGAUGUCUCUAAACUCGGACGUGCUGCCGCAGUACCGUCAGGAAGCGCCCAAGACACCUCCCCACAUCCUGCUUCACUACUGUGCCUUCAAAGCCAUCUGGGACUGGGCCAUUCUGUGUCUGACUUUUUACACCGCCAUCAUGGUGCCAUUCAACGUCGCCUUCAAGAACAAGACGUCGGAGGACGUCAGCUUGCUGGUGGUCGACUCCAUCGUCGACGUCAUCUUCUUCAUUGACAUAGUGCUCAACUUUCACACGACAUUUGUGGGGCCCGGCGGGGAGGUGGUGAGCGACCCGAAGAUCAUCCGAAUGAACUACCUCAAGUCGUGGUUCAUUAUCGACUUGCUCUCCUGUCUGCCGUACGACGUCUUCAACGCCUUCGAUCAUGAUGAGGACGGUAUCGGCAGCCUGUUCAGCGCGCUGAAGGUGGUCCGUCUGCUGCGGCUGGGCCGCGUGGUCCGCAAGCUGGACCGCUACCUCGAGUACGGCGCCGCCAUGCUCAUCCUGCUGCUGUGCUUUUACAUGCUGGUGGCCCACUGGCUGGCCUGCAUCUGGUACAGCAUCGGCCUCUCGGACGCCGAUAAUGGAGUCACCUACAGCUGGCUGUGGAAGCUGGCUAACGUCACCCAGUCACCCUACGAGUACGUGUGGUCCAACGAGACGAUGGCACCGGUGCUGGUUCGUGGCCCCUCCAGGAAGACCAUGUACGUGUCCUCUCUCUACUUCACCAUGACGUGCAUGACCAGCGUCGGCUUCGGCAACGUGGCCGCCGAGACAGACAACGAGAAGAUCUUCACCAUCUGCAUGAUGAUCAUUGCAGCGCUUCUGUACGCCACCAUCUUCGGUCACGUGACGACCAUCAUCCAGCAGAUGACCUCGGCCACGGCCAAGUACCACGACAUGCUCAACAACGUGCGCGAGUUCAUGAAGCUGCACGAGGUGCCCAAGGCGCUCUCGGAACGCGUCAUGGAUUACGUCGUCAGCACGUGGGCCAUGACCAAGGGCAUUGACACCAACAAGGUAGAGGGCGAGGUUCUCAACUACUGUCCGAAGGACAUGCGGGCGGACAUAUGCGUCCACCUGAACCGAAAGGUGUUCAACGAGCACCCGGCGUUCCGCCUGGCCUCUGACGGCUGCCUGAGGGCGCUGGCCGUGCACUUCAACAUGUCGCACAGCGCUCCGGGCGACAUGCUCUUCCACACGGGCGAGAGCAUCGACACGCUGUGCUACAUCGUCUCCGGGUCGCUGGAAGUCAUCCAGGAUGACGAGGUGGUGGCCAUCUUGGGUCAGGGUGACGUGUUCGGAGACACGUUUUGGAAGGAUCCGACCGUUGGCCAGGCGGCGGCCAACGUACGAGCGCUCACCUACUGCGACCUACACACCAUCAAACGCGACAAGCUGCUCGAGGUGCUCGACUUUUACCACGCGUUCGCUAACUCGUUCGCACGCAACCUGGUGCUCACCUACAACCUCCGGCAUCGG